ACACCUUUCCUUUCUUCUUUAUUGUUUUUGUCCGGCGGCUGGACUCUCCUCCCAGGAAAUGCGAUCUCUCAGUCAUUCCCGGAAAAUCUCCAACCGGCGACUUACAUGAGGCAAACAGCAUCAGGGUGUCGUGAGUUGUCAUGGGCAGAAACUCAUAUUUCAGGUGCUUUCUGCUAUAAAUUUGGAAGUGUUAUUUUUGGAUGGAAUCCUCGGAUUGCUGCCUUCAAUUUUCUUGUUUCCUAUUCUAAGUUGGGAUUAUGAUCGCAUUGGGCAUGAGGGUUUUGCUUCCUAGCUCUCUCAUUUAGUGGUGAUGUGAUGGCAAUAGACUUGGUCACUAGUGCCUCUUUUGUUCCAGCUUCAGAGUUGCUCUCUCAGAUUAUAGAGGCCAUACUUGAGAUCACAACUACUGCAAACAAUGUCCUUUUUAAAAAAGAGAGUUUCAAGCAACUUGCAGCUUAUUUGGAAAGGAUUGUCCCUGUCUUGAAAGAGCUGAAGAGAAAGGAAGGUGGCAAUUCUGAGAGCUUAAACAAUGCCAUUGAGAUUCUCAAUCGAGAAGUCAAAGCCACUAAGGAACUGACUUUGGAAUGCACCAAGAGAAACAAAGUAUAUCUCUUAAUGAAGUGUCGUGGCAUAGAUAAGCGCCUUCAGGAUGCCUCUAGAGAUAUAAGCCAGGCUCUAAGUCUUCUUCCAUUGACCUCUUUGGAGCUUUCUUCAAAUAUAAUUGAAGAUAUUGCGCAAGUGCAAGGCAAUAUGCAAACGGCUGAGUUCAGGGCAGCUGUAGCAGAAGAGCAAAUAUUGGAGAAAAUUGAGUCAGGAAUACAGGAGGAAAAUAUCAAUCGUUCUUAUGCAAAUAAUUUGAUGGUUCUCAUUGCGGAAGCUGUUGGAAUACCUAAUGAGAGGUCAGUUUUGAGGAAGGAAAUUGAAGAUUUUAAAAGUGAGAUUGAAAAUGCAAGGCUGAGGAAGGACUUGGCUGAAGCUAUACAAAUGGAUCAGAUAAUUUCUUUGUUAGAAAGAGCUGAUGCUGCUUCAUCUCCUAAGGGAAGAGAGAUCAAGUAUCUCACCAAGCGGAGUUCUUUAGGCAGCCAACCGCUGGAACCUCUCCAAUCAUUUUAUUGCCCAAUCACUGGGGAUGUGAUGGUGGACCCUGUGGAGACUUCUUCAGGACAAACAUUUGAGAGAUGUGCAAUAUCAAAGUGGUUUGCAGAGGGAAACAACAUCUGUCCUCUGACCGCAACCCCUCUAGAUAGAUCAGUUCUACGGCCUAAUAAAACAUUGAGGCAGUCAAUAGAAGAAUGGAAGGACAGAAAUACCAUGAUAACAAUUGCUUCCAUGAAAUCAAAACUCAUGUUUGAAGAAGAAGAAGAAGAAGUGCUUCAUUGUCUUAAGCAGCUAAAGGAACUUUGUGAACAAAGUGAUGUGCACCAAGAAUGGGUAAUAUUAGAGAACUACAUACCAGUUCUUCUUCAACUUCUUGCUUCCAAAAAUCACGACUUGAGGACUUGUGUGCUUGCCAUCCUUCACAAUUUUGCAAAAGAUGGUGAUGAUGCUAAGGAAAGAAUCGCCAAAGUUGAUAAUGCAAUCAGUUCUAUUGUCCGUUCUCUGGGACGCCGCGUUGAAGAAAGGAGGCUAGCUGUGGUAUUGCUAUUGGAACUAUCAAAGUAUGAGUUGUUACGAAAUUGCAUUGGAAAAGUUCGGGGUUGCAUCCUCCUCUUGGUGACAAUGUCAAGUGACGAUGACAAUCAAUCUGCCAGAGAUGCAGAGGAGCUAUUGGAAAACCUUUCAUUCUCUGAUCAGAAUAUCAUACAAAUGGCACGGGCAAAUUAUUUUAAACAUCUGUUACAGCGUCUCUCCACAGGGUCAGAAGAUGUAAAAAUGACAAUGGUAACAGCUUUGGCAGAAAUGGUGUUGACUGACCACAAUAAGGUGGUUCUUCUUGAAGGAGGGGUAUUGGCUCCUCUUCUUCACUUGGUCUCACAUGGUGAUAUUCAGAUGAAAAUGGUCACUGUUAGUGCUCUUCAAAACCUCUCAAGUUUACCAAGGAAUGGCUUGCAGAUGAUUAGAGAAGGUGCAGUAGGUCCCCUACUUGACGUUCUCUUCCAUCACAGUUCAUCCACCCCACGCUUGAGAGAACAGGUAGCAGCCACAAUCAUGCACCUUGCAUUAUCCACUGUAUUGCAAGAAUGCGAUAGGACACCAGUCAGAUUAUUGGAAUCAGAAGAAGAUAUUUUCAAGCUGUUCUCUUUGAUUAAUGUGACUGGACCAGAUGUCCAACAAAACAUUCUCCAGAUCUUUCAAGCCUUGUGCCAAUGCCCUUCUGCAACAGAUAUCAAGAUCAAGCUAGCACAGUGCUCAGCUAUACAAAUACUACUUCAGUUAUGUAAGCAUAAUGACAAAAAGGUACGGCCAAAUGUGGUGAAGUUGCUCUUUUUCUUGGUGAAUGAUGGUGAUGAAGCCACAAUCCUGGAGCAUGUGGAGCAGAAAUGCAUUGAAUCCUUAUUGACGAUCAUCCAAACUUCUGAUGAUGAAGAAGAGGUCACUUCUGCUAUGGGCAUUAUCUCUAACCUUCCAGAAAACCCCCUGAUUACUAAGUGGCUACUGGAUACUGGUGGGAUUCCAACAAUAUUCAGUUUUCUCCAGAGAGGCAGGUGUAAUGAUCCUCACAAAGUGCAGUUAGUAGAAAAUGCUGUUGGAGCUAUACGGCAUUUCAUAGCUCCAACAAAAUUGGAAUGGCAGAAGAAAGCAGCUGAAGCUGAUAUUAUCCCGGUACUGGUUCACUUGCUGGAUUAUGGGACUGCCUUGACCAAAAAGUUUGCUGCCAUUUCUCUUUGUCGUUUUUCAAAGAGUUCACCAAAGCUGAGCCGAUCAGUAUCAAAGCAUAAAGGGUUCUGGUGCUUAUCAGCUCCGCCAGAAACUACUUGCCCAAUCCAUGGGGGAAUCUGCUCUAUGGAAUCUUCAUUUUGCCUUGUGGAGGCUGAUGCAGUGAGACCACUUGUAAGGGUUCUUGAAGAAUCAGAUCCUGAAGUUUGUGAGGCUUCUUUAGAUGCACUACUGACUUUAAUUGAGGAUGAAGGAUUGCAAAGUGGUAGUAAGGUGCUUGAACAAGCAAAUGCCAUACCGCCAAUGAUAAAGUUCCUUGGUUCAACGUCCGUCAGGCUUCAGGAGAAAACUCUAAGUGCUUUAGAAAGGAUUUUCCGGCUGCCAGAAUUCAAACAGAAGUAUGGACCCUCUGCUCAGACCACUUUGGUGGACUUGACACAGCUAGGCAACAGUAGCAUGAAAUCUCUUGCAGCCAAAAUACUUGCUCACUUGAAUGUUCUUCACAAUCAGUCUACAUUUUUCUGAGAAUUCAAUGGCUUUUAUCCACCUCAUCAGCAUAUGAAUUCACUUCUCCUUGAGGAGUUGCUAAUAGUGCUAACAAGCCAUAGAACUCAAUGCUUUAAACUGGUCUGGAAAACAGAAUUUCUUAGCAGGAUUUAGCAGGUCUUUCUCAAAACUGGUUUUCCUGGACAGUGUUCAUCUUAAAACCAAACUGGCCCAGAGCAGAUAAAAACUCCAUCUUCUCCUUAGGGUGUAUGCACUUUGUAGAUGGUGAUCUAAAUAGAAUUUCUGAUUUCUGUGAAAAGAAAAAUACUGCUGGAGGGAAGGGAUUUUACAAUUCUAAGUGGCUCAUAUUAAAUACCCCAGCAUUUGUUCUGUCUGAACAGUUUAGCUCAACCAUACCGAGAGCAUUAUUAUUAUUAUUGUUAUUAUUUGUUGGAAUUGAAUUCUUUUCUUUUCCAUUUUUGCAUCCCUUUUUCUAAUUUCUUCCGUUUUCUUCUGGCAAACAGAAAAAGUGC